AUGUCAACACUCCUCCAACAAUCCUUUCGUGAUAAAAGACUACCGCCAGUCCCGGCAGCUGCUUCAACGUACCAUCAUGACCCAUUUUUAUAUGUUGAACGCCAGACGAAACACAUACAGUGCAAUCUUCAGGUUCUCAUUGAUGCGCAAAGCGACGGACUUCUGUCUGGGCUCGCAGGACCUCGGUCAGAUGAAGCCUCCAGCAGAAGCCUCAGUCCGAACACUUCCAAAGCCGGUCGAUCGCAAUCUCCUUCUGCGAUUCCCUCCAGACAACCUGCGCCCAAGAAAAUUGGACUUCAGGCUGCUCGAAAUGGUAUCUUUCAAUCGAUCUAUGACCUACUGAAGCUGCGAGAGGAAGAACGAGGGAUUAUUACAAGUCAAACAGACGAUAGAGAAAGUGCGCUGCAUGAGAUACAAAGCUUUCUUUCAAAAAGAGCAGGUCUCGAAGAAGCCAUUGCCUCUAUACAUGGCGAUCAGGAGAGCCAACAUUCAAAGCAACUAGAAGAAGAGGCUCGGAUCCUCGCGACUGACAUUCAUGAACUGGAGACCAGACUAUAUGAGAUGAAAGCUAAACAUCGUCAUCUUGUCAGUGAAAUUUCAUAUAUCAACAAUUCGGUCGACGCCAAACUAUCUUCUUAUACUGAAUCUCUCUCUAUACUCGACUGCGAUAUCCGAAAGUACCUCCGAGACCCUCCUAUUCAACCCUUGUCGCAACGUCCAAGCGAAUCGACCUUCCACUCCUUGAAUCCUAAGCGCCGCACACUUGACAUGGCACGGGAACAUUGGAACACCGAGCAAGCUGGUUUGCGCAGUAGACAACAGAAAGUGGAUGGAGAGAUCCAGGCAUUGGAAGAAGGAGGCGGCGUGUGGAAGCAAACAGUGGCCGACGUCACUGGCUUUGAGAAGCGCCUCAGGGCCAGCAUGCGACACUAUGUUGAGAUGACCACACCAACGACCGAGUCCGAAGGAUCUGCAUCGCCAGAUCACAAAGACGAAGUUGUCGCGAACAUAUUGGGUGAUUUGGAAAAAACCACUCAACGCGUUGAAUCACAUUUGGAGCUCGCUGAAGACAAGAACUGGAAACUAUUAGUUUGCUGCAUUGCAACCGAACUAGAAGCUCUCCGAGAAGCAAGGGGUAUGCUUCGUCCCGCUUUCGGUUUGCCGAUGCAUGAAGAGGAAGUAUCGAUUGUUUCUCCUGGUGAUCUUUCCCCAGAGAACCAGGGCCAGGAGGAGGACCAUCAGCCCCCCUAUGAGGAUGCACUAGCUCACGACGACCCGGAACCUCCAGCUGAUCUGUUGAAGGAUGCAGAUCCUCAUCAUUCGGAUACUGGGUCAAGAUCAGAAGAUGAUGAUGAACCAGAUCCAUCUUGGUUGAGCUGA